GUACCAAAUUUUCUUUCACUCUACGCCGCCGCCGCCGCAACAGCGUGAAAUCAAAAUUGCCUGGUCGUCUGCACGGCUCUCUCUACACGGCGUUAUAAAGACGACAGUUUUACAAAGGCCGUCGAGUUCUACUUUCGUGUUUUUCUCUAUGAUUCGACUUCCUUUUUUCCCCGACAUUGCCCUCAAUUCAAAAGUCUCAAAUAAUUCGGAUCAAGUCAUCAGUCUUUGAUUGAUAUAUUUCCAGCCGUGUCAAAGGAAAGAAACGCGUGUUUACACCUUUAUCAGCACUCUAGACUCGAUCUGAUUAAAUGACUAUACCUUGCUACUCGGUUGACUUCCGUUAAACAACAACUCCAAAAAAAACUUCAAGUUCGGAGAAGCAAAAAAUUUUACGUUUUCUGUUUAGUCAAAGUUUUUCCAAACCAGUUUAGACUCAGAAAAUACACUUAUAGGUCACAUAUAUAACGCUGCCUAGCCAGCAAGACUAUAAUUGCCAGCCUUGUGUGGAUAUAUACCAUACUAUGAAUUUGAUACGGAGUAUGCAAGGACUUGUGUAAAUUUGGUUUGAUGCUAAAUUGUUUUUUUAUACCGUGGCCAUUUAAGAACCGCAGCAUAAAAACCCAGUGACGCUGGCCCCAAAGCUUUUAUUAUUCUUUCAGCAGCACAUGAAACGACUAGUGGAUAUUCAAUUCUCGACCAUCAUCAUGUCUAGUGCGCUGAGCUAUUACACGCUGUUUGUCGGGGUUGCAGUGAUCAUGACACAUUUAAGAGGGGCGGAAUCUUUCACUCUCAGGCGGAUCGCUUCCAGCAGCGCCAGCGUCAAAGAUUCCCACGAAAAGUCAACCGCAGCAGCAGCAAUCGACCGGCCGGAACGCAACAGCAGACAACACACCCAGAUCAAAUCAACUGAAGGUGAUCUGGCUGCUGCUGCUGCUCCUAUCGCUGAUGGUUAUGUGGGAGGACGACUAGUCACCCAGCGGUCCCCUGUGACGGACAAGCGUCGUGCUCAUUCUGACGGCCAUGCCCCAUCUGAUUCAUUUGACCUUAGCGAUAGCGACCAAGUGGAAGCAGUUGUCAGCAUCCAGAUCGUCAAACAAGAUCUCCCAUCGGCUGGGAUCGUUAUCGAAGAUAACAACAUUCACUCCCAUUUGGAAAAUAGACCACGCAAGAUUCAUCACCUGCCGGCCAAUCGAGUCCCAUCACUAGGUCAGCAGUGGCAGCUCGUCAAACAGUUCAUCGUGAGCGACUAUUAUUUCGGAGAGCUGGACGAGUUAGCCAAGGAACAUUUUCUACAAAAGAUGUUGAAGGGUUUAAUUUCCCAGCAAAGUCAGAAAAAUUAGUACAAAUAUCGAUUUUUUUUUUUCAAAGAGAUCCUGUGUGUCCGUUCACGUACAAAUUUGUGUCUUCCAUUUGCAUAAUAAAAUAUUUAUGAAAUGUAUCACCUUCACUGGCGAUUUAAUUUAUGUAUAGUAUAAAAAUACAUGACUGAAAAAUAUACCGUUGGGCCACUUU